ACUCCAAAUGGGUGCUCCUCUCUCUUCUUGGCCAUGGCAAAAUCUUGGUUCCUUCAAGUAUCUCCUCUAUGGCCCUUUAGUUGCAAAGGUCAUCCAUUCCAAAGCAUGGGAGGGAGGAAAAACAGAAGGAGUUUGGUGCCUCCAUAUCCUCAUCCUCUUUGCUCUUAGAGCUCUCAUUUUCCAGCUGUGGUGGACAUUCAGUAGCAUGCUUUUUUUAACCAGGAAAAGGCGCAUUAUCAAAGAGGGUGUAGAUUUUAAACAAAUAGACAGGGAAUGGGACUGGGACAACUUUUUCAUACCACAAGCAUUCAUUGCUGCACUGGCUUUCUACUUCUUUCCUUCUUUGAGAAAGCUCCCUGUUUGGGAUAUCUGGGGUUUGUUCAUUGCUCUUGUUCUUCAUGUGGGGAUAUCAGAGCCUCUGUUUUACUGUACUCAUAGGGCUUUUCAUAGUGGACGGUUUUUUAACUAUUACCACUCUCUCCACCACUCAUCUCCAGUUCCCAGCACGUUUACAGCUGGGCAUGGGACGCCGGUGGAGUAUAUGGUUAUGAGCUUGGUAAUGGGGUUGCCAUUGAUAGGUGCUGGUUUAAUGGGAGCUGGUUCUGUUGGGCUCUUCUAUGUCUAUGUUCUGCUAUUCGAUUUCUUGAGGUGCAUGGGACAUUCCAAUGUGGAGAUCUUCCCAAGCGGUUUCUUUGAAGCUGUUCCUUUGCUUAGAUACCUUAUCUACACUCCUACGUACCAUAGCAUUCAUCACAUUGAGAAGAACUCGAAUUACUGCCUCUUUAUGCCUUUAUUUGAUGCAUUAGGUGGAACCAUCAAUACUAAAUCUUGGUCCUUACAGAAAGAAAUAAGCUCAGGGAAGAACAUCCAUGUUCCUGACUUUGUCUUCCUAGCACAUGCAGUUGAUGCAGUGUCCUCCAUGCAUGCCUCUUUCGCCUUCCGCUCUUUCAGCUCUAUGCCAUUCAGAAUUCUACCUUUCAUUCUUGUCCUCUGGCCAGGGGCCUUCCUCAUCAUGUUGGUAAUGUGGGCAUGUUCCAAAACCUUUCUGCUUUCCUUCUACAAUCUCCAUGGUCGUUUGCACCAGUAUUGGGUGGUGCCCAGAAUUGGCUUUCAGUACUUUCUACCUUUUGCUAAGAAUGGCAUCAAUGAGCAGAUUGAGAGUGCCAUAUUGAGAGCAGAUAGGAUGGGAGUGAAGGUCCUCAGCCUUGCUGCACUAAAUAAGAAUGAAGCACUCAAUGGUGGUGGGACUUUGUUUGUCAACAAACAUCCCAAUUUAAAGGUUAGAGUUGUCCAUGGAAAUACUCUAACAGCUGCUGUGAUUCUUAAUGAGAUCCCUAAGAAUGUGAAAGAGGUCUUCCUAACUGGAGCUACAUCUAAGCUUGGAAGGGCAAUUGCAUUGUACCUUUGCAGGAAGAAAGUCCAAGUCUUGAUGCUGACCCUUUCUACUGAAAGAUUCCAAUUGAUACAGAAGGAAGCUCCUGAAGAUUGCCAGCAAUACCUGGUCCAAGUCACAAAAUACCAAGCUGCAGAAAAUUGCAAGACAUGGAUUGUGGGCAAGUGGAUUACUUUCAGAGAACAAAGGUUUGCCCCAACUGGAACUCACUUCCACCAGUUUGUUGUCCCUCCCAUCAUCGGCUUUCGACGGGACUGCACCUAUGGGAAACUAGCUGCAAUGAAGCUCCCCUUAGAUGUUCGAGGCCUGGGCAUGUGUGAGUACACGCUCGAUCGAGGUGUUGUGCAUGCUUGCCAUGCUGGAGGAGUGGUGCAUUGUUUGGAAGGCUGGACACAUCAUGAGGUCGGCGCAAUCGAUGUCGAUCGCAUAGAUAUCGUAUGGAAGGCAGCACUCGGUCAUGGUUUAAGGCCGGUUUGAUGUGAAAACACUCUGAAAGUCUCGGCUUUCUUUCUCCUCUCUCCUUCAUUUCUUGAUAUGUAACAGAGGGAACUUUAACUUGUCACUGCAACAUUGGAUUGCCUUAUUGUUAUUUUCAAUUGAAUUCUCUAUUUUGCAUGUCCAAAAAUAGCAGUGUGGCUGAAAAGGCUUUUGAGACUUUGAGAAGUGUUAAAA